AUGGCUACGCUUGAUACACCACCUACUUAUCCUGCAUUUGGAAUGAUGGACGCACUUAAACCCAAAAUUCAUGAUCAAAUUACACCUAACAGUCAAAUUGCAUCUUAUAAUCAAAUCACAUCUUAUUCUUCUACAGUACCUAUACUACCGAAUAUGUCAUCGUCUAUGUUAUCUAAUCAACUACCAACUUUACUACCAGGUUUCAAUCCUUACAUAUAUCCUUAUAGUUUAUUUUAUUAUCAAAUGCCUCAAUUUCAAACUACUAGUAGUAAUAUUUCUUUAAAAGAAUUUUUUUCUAAAUUAGAUCAAAUUCAUAAUAGUAAUGGUUUGUAUGCUAGUUUUGAAAAUUCAUUUGAAAAGUACGGAGUUACAGUAAAUGGUAUAAAGGAUUUAACAGAUGAACAACUAGAUGAAUUAGGCAUAAUUCAGUUUGGAUAG